UCCAUGUCGUCAUUUCCGGUGUUGAGCGCAAUGGUUCGCUUAGUUUGCUGCCUUGUGUCGCCCGUUUUCAAGAUCAGGUCGUUACAGCAGUUAUAAAGUACUUAGCUACUCUCUCUUGGAAUUACCCGCCAACACCAUGAGAAGACGUCUUAAAGAAGAAGUUAAUGUUUUUUAAAUGCCAAAAGACUUGUAGCUUAUAUCUGAGUCGGAACAAGGUGAAUGCGGAGACGUUUGGACUGACCCGAGGAGUGGAAGACGGCGCCUCAAAAUGGCAACCCCCUAUGUUACAGAUGAAUCUGGAAAAUACAUUGCCGCCACUCAGCGACCGGACGGUUCGUGGAGAAAACCACGGCGGGUAAAGGACGGUUACGUCCCCCAGGAGGAGGUCCCAGUGUAUGAAAACAAAUAUGUGAAGUUCUUUAAGAACAAACCAGGCCUUCCGCCAGGGAUGAGCUCAUCAGACGCUGAAACACCAAAACAACAUUCAAAAGUUCCGGGAUGCGUGGACGGCGACACAGCCGGUCUCUCCAAGUCGGCCAAACGCAGCAUGAAACGAAAAGAAAAACGAAAACAGCAGCAACAGCAGGAGCCGGAGGAGAACGAGAACGAGGACGUGUCGUUGCUCGCAGAUGCUGUCGAGAACGCCACCAUCUCAGCGGGCAGCGAGCCUUCCCACGAAGCCAGUAGGCCAGUUGUGGCUGCUUGUGAAGUGUCGUCAGACCAUUCCGACGCAGCAGAAAAAGCCAAGAAGAUUAAGAAUGUGAAAAAGAAGCUGAGGCAAGUGGAGGAGCUGCAGCAGAAAGUAGACUCAGGGGAGGUAAAAGAGCCAACGCCGGAUCAGCUGGAAAAGUUAGCCAGGGCGAAGGCUUUACGAGACGAGUUAGAGCAGCUGGAGCACGACUCAUGAAGCACUGAAUGGACACUUGGACUAAACUCGGUCAUCUUCAUACUGACACAAAGGAAACUGAGCAGCUAUGAUUCCAGCCUCCAUUUAAACGUCUCCUACCUAUGUGGACUUCAUGAUGAACAUCAAGUCGGACCAUCGUGGAUUGUUAACAUUUUAGACUGAUGCUCAUUUCUGAACAUCUUUUUUUAAAAACAACUUUUGUUUUGUUUUUCCAUUUUUUUACCUUUUUCAAGAACAUGUUUGUGUUCACAAGGAAAUAUAGUUGUUGAUCUGUGUGCUUUUAGAAUGAUGACAGCCAAGGCAUCAUCUCCACCAUGAAUUAAAACUACAAGCUGCAACAAAA